CAUCCCCAACGCGUCAUAUGACCAUCCCCCAGCAGAUGGUUUGCGUGAUGUCACAUUGAUUCGUGAGGAGAGCGCCUUUCGUUCGACCUGGAGAAAUUUUGAAGGAUUUUAUCACAAGGGUAUUAUUAUUUUUACCUUAAAGGGUGAGUGUGUCAGGUGGUCACCAUGGGGGAACUGUUCAGGAGCGAGGAGAUGACACUUGCCCAGCUCUUCCUCCAGUCUGAGGCAGCCUACUGCUGUGUCAGCGAGCUGGGAGAACUGGGAAUGGUUCAGUUCCGCGAUCUCAACCCAGACGUGAAUGUGUUCCAGAGGAAGUUUGUGAAUGAAGUGAGGAGGUGUGAGGAGAUGGACAGGAAACUAAGGUUUGUCGAGAAGGAGAUUAAAAAAGCCAACAUCCCGACUGUGGAUACAGGAGAGAAUCCCGAAGUCCCCUUCCCUAGGGAUAUGAUUGACCUGGAGGCCACGUUUGAGAAGCUGGAGAACGAGCUGAAGGAGAUCAACACCAACCAGGAAGCCCUGAAGAAGAACUUCCUGGAGCUGACCGAGCUCAAGCACAUCCUGCGACGUACCCAGCAGUUCUUUGACGAGAUGGAGGACCCCGCCCUGAUGGAAGAGUCGUCAGCCCUAAUGGAGGGUAACGAGGGUGGCCGGGGAGCACCGCUCCGACUGGGGUUUGUUGCUGGGGUGAUCAGCCGGGAGAGGAUCCCUACCUUUGAGAGGAUGCUGUGGAGAGUGUGCCGCGGCAACGUCUUUUUACGUCAGGCAGAAAUCGAGGACCCCCUGGAGGACCCCGCCACGGGCGACCAAGUCCACAAGUCAGUCUUCAUCAUCUUCUUCCAAGGCGAUCAGCUGAAGAACAGAGUCAAGAAGAUAUGUGAGGGGUUCCGGGCCUCCCUCUACCCCUGCCCCGAGACUCCCCAGGAAAGGAAGGAGAUGGCUGCUGGGGUCAACACCCGUAUUGACGACCUCCAGAUGGUGCUGAACCAGACAGAGGACCACAGACAGAGGGUGCUCCAGGCUGCAGCCAAGACCAUGAGGGUGUGGUUCAUCAAGGUGAGGAAGAUGAAGGCCAUUUACCACACGCUGAACCUGUGCAACAUCGACGUCACCCAGAAGUGCCUGAUCGCCGAGGUGUGGUGCCCUGUAUCUGACCUGGACUCCAUCCAGUUCGCCCUGCGCCGAGGAACGGAGAGAAGUGGCUCCACAGUGCCCUCCAUUCUCAACAGGAUGACCACCAAGCAGACUCCGCCCACCUUCAACAAGACCAAUAAGUUCACCUCUGGAUUCCAGAACAUCGUGGACGCUUACGGGAUCGGAAAUUACCGGGAGAUUAACCCAGCACCGUACACCAUCAUCACUUUCCCUUUCCUGUUUGCCGUCAUGUUCGGGGACAUGGGUCACGGUGUGCUGAUGACCUGCGCCGCCCUCUACCUGGUCAUCCGAGAGAGCCGCAUCCUCUCCCAGAAAACUGACAACGAGAUGUUCAACAUGGUAUUCGCUGGACGCUACAUCAUCCUGCUGAUGGGAAUCUUCUCUGUCUACACCGGUAUCAUCUACAACGAUUGCUUUUCCAAAUCCCUCAACAUGUUUGGCUCCGGUUGGAGUGUCCGGCCCAUGUUCAGCCCCAAGGGAGCCAACUGGACGUUUGAAACUCUCAAUGAAAAUAAGGUGCUGCAGCUGGACCCAGCCGUGCCGGGUGUCUUCAAUGGCCCCUAUCCACUGGGCAUAGACCCGAUCUGGAACAUUGCCACCAACAAGUUGACCUUCCUUAACUCCUUCAAGAUGAAGAUGUCUGUGAUCCUGGGAGUGAUCCACAUGAUGUUUGGCGUCUCUCUCAGCCUGUUCAACCACCUGUACUUCAAGAAGCCCCUGAACAUCUUCCUGGGCUUCAUCCCUGAGAUUGUCUUCAUGGCCAGCCUGUUCGGCUACCUCAUCAUCCUGGUCUUCUACAAGUGGACGGCCUACGACGCUUUCACCUCCAAGGACGCGCCCAGCCUCCUCAUUGCCUUCAUCAACAUGUGUCUCUUCAACUACGGCGACGUCACCAAUAAGCCUCUCUACCGGGGACAGAUGGGGAUCCAGAUUGUUUUGGUGCUGAUUGCCCUUGCAUGUGUUCCCUGUAUGCUGAUAGUGAAAACUUUGGUGCUUCGGCGCCAGCACCUGUGGAAAAAGCACCUGUCACAGAAGAGGGAAGAAUGCCCUGCAGAGAAUCUAGAGCAAUCUUUAGAGCAAACAGGCGUGUCCUCAUCAACCGGACUCACCCAACAGGGCACACAGAAAUUCGGAGGGGUGCGGGUGGGCAACGGGCCCACGGAGGACGAAGCUGGUAUCAUGGACCACGACGCGCUCUCACAGCACUCUGAGGACGGAGACGAGCAUGCAGAGGAGGAACCGUUUGACUUUGGAGAUGUGGCGGUCCACCAGGCCAUCCACACCAUAGAAUACUGCCUGGGCUGCAUCUCCAACACUGCCUCCUACCUGCGACUCUGGGCCCUCAGUCUGGCCCAUGCACAGCUGUCGGAGGUGCUUUGGACGAUGGUGAUGCACCUGGGCCUAUCCUCCAGGAGCGGAGGCGGCUUCUUCGGCCUGUCAAUCAUCUUCGCGGCCUUCGCCAUGCUCACCGUGUGCAUCCUGCUCAUCAUGGAAGGCCUGUCCGCCUUCCUGCACGCGCUCCGUCUCCACUGGGUGGAGUUCCAGAAUAAGUUCUACACGGGGCAGGGCUUCAAGUUCGUCCCCUUCUCCUUCGAGAGCAUCCUGGAGGGGCGAUUUGACGAGUAAACCAGCUCGGCCACAUCCCUGACAAAUCCCAGACCAACACCCACUCCCACCCCCCCACCCCCAGACUUUCCCCUCUAUAAACGUUUCUGCAUGGACCCCCAAACUGCAGCUCUCUUACCCCCUCUAGGAGCCAUGUCGUGCCGUGUUGUUGUUGUUUUUCCAUUUUCACGAAACUCCCUCCUUCCCUCCGCGAUGCCAUAAGAAGUUGCUACAUAUUGUGUGUGUCGCGUUUCACCCACGAGCUCAUCAGUCGCUCUCCAUUCAUAUGAAAGAUGGUCAUGGAGUGUUUACUCCAAAACGCAUGGCUCUGUAAUGACGGCUGUUGACAACAUGUGUGUGUAAUGAUGCUAUCCCGUAGCACUGCUGGUACUCGCAUCAUACAAUUUUGUGAAAGUGGUGAAGAGAACAAACGAUGGAUCGGUGACAAAGUAGCAACGCUGUCAAGUUUUAUUCUAUGGCAUCCUAUGGCAUUCCCUCAAUGUGACUGGUGUAAAAUGUUCUGGUAUAUCUAUUCAAAGAGAAUGUCCCCUGUGUGUUGUGGCUCUCCCUGUAUAUAUUGUUUUGUGCAGCAUGAUCUAGCUAUUAGCGUGACCGUGUCAAGAGGAAAUCAUAACAGAUGCUUCCUGCUGAGGAUAUGACCAAAUUGAGAUGGGGAGAUUAUGGGGACAUGUUCAGGAGCAGUUUGAUUUGACUGUAUUUUCUGAACCCGCUCCGUUGAGGAGCAGGCAGAGCGAUAUUUAAAUCAAAAGAUAAAAUGCCUUUCUAUUGGUUACUGUACUGUACUCAUUUACUUGCCCCUAACUCGCAGCAACUGUAUUGUUGUUUAUGAUACUGUAGUACUUACACAUAUAUUAUUUUAAAUGCUAGAUUUGUAGCCUAUUCUACCCUCAUGUUGUUUUCAUCACAUGAAAACAACACUCUCUUUGGUUCAUAUCGGUGGUUGUGUGUGAUGUGGGCUGUCAAGUAAUGAAACAUAUCUAUCAAAAUACACACAUACAAUCCUAUGGUAUGUAGUCAUCGACAAAUAUUUAUUUUGUAUUAUUUUCGUUCUGCGAAUACAUAUUUUAACUGGUUGUCAAUGUGGUCAUCUGAAUUGUUGUGUUGUGUUCAUAGUCGGUGUGUACAUGUACGCGUGUGCAUGCCCUGCAGAAGGAUUGGCCUAUUUAAAACAAAGUCCUGUUGUUAACGGUCAAAUUUACUCUGCAGUGUAACAUGUGCUCUGUCAGUUGAUGUUUGUACAUGAUAUCAGUCAGACGUGUUUGUGAAGGUAACUAUUAAAACAAAGUGUUUGGGGGAAUUGCCCUAGUGUCCUCA